CUAGUUUUGAAAUUUUAUCACUUUUUCUCACUUGCCGUUGGUUGUUUUCUCUCUCCUUCCCUUCUCUUUAUUUCAGUGCUUUUCAACUCAUUCUUUCCCUCUCUGUCUCUGUUCAUGCUUGCCCUCCAAGGGAAGUUAUUGAUUUAGUUAACUCCUCAUAUUUUGCUGAAUGACCCAAGCUUCCAUGAUCAGUCCCUUACAUCCCACAAACUUUCUUGGUCAUGGAGCCUUUCAUAGAGGUUUCUGCUGUCUCUCUAAAAACAAACACUCAGGGGACUAUAGCUCCAUGCAUGGUGGUUUUGAAAGGAGACAAUUUGAACCCAGUUUGGCUAUCGCCGAUCAGAGGCGCAAAACUGGAACGUUCGCCCAAGUUUUAGCAGCACCCAAAGAAAAGGAAGUUGCGCAAUCAAGUGGGUCCUCCAAAUUGGCGAAGAAGCUUCGGAUUCUGAUUGCUGGGGGUGGAAUUGGGGGCCUGGUUUUAGCGUUGGCGGCAAGGAGAAAGGGUUUCGAUGUCGUGGUUUUUGAGAGGGAUGUUAGUGCGAUCAGAGGAGAGGGUCAAUACAGGGGGCCUAUUCAGAUACAGAGCAAUGCCCUUGCGGCCUUGGAAGCCAUUGACAUGGAGGUUGCUGAGGACAUCAUGGAUGUGGGGUGCAUCACUGGUGAUCGAAUUAAUGGAUUGGUUGAUGGUAUCUCUGGCGCUUGGUACGUCAAGUUUGACACAUACACUCCUGCCGUGGAGCGUGGACUCCCAGUCACAAGGGUAAUUAGCCGCAUGACUUUGCAGCAAAUACUGGCACACGCAGUUGGUGAAGAUGUUAUUUUUAACAACAGCAAUGUUGUUGAUUUUAAAGAUGAUGGCACAAAGGUAACUGUGGUACUUGAGAAUGGAGAGCAGCAUAAGGGUGAUCUUUUAGUUGGGGCAGAUGGUAUAGGUUCUAAGGUACGUAAGUGCUUGUUUGGACCUAAAGAAGCUAUGUACUCGGGUUAUACAUGCUACACAGGAAUUGCAGAUUUUGUACCUCCGGAUAUAGAAUCUGUUGGGUACCGGGUGUUUUUGGGUCACAAACAAUACUUCGUCUCUUCAGAUGUGGGUGCUGGAAAGAUGCAAUGGUAUGCAUUCUACAAGGAACCCCCUGGUGGAGUUGAUGCUCCAAAUGGUAAAAAGAAAAGAUUGCUCGGAAUAUUUGGGAAUUGGUGUGACAAAGUUGUCGACUUGAUCCUUGCUACAGAUGAGGAGAUGAUCCUCCGUCGUGACAUAUAUGACAGGCUUCCAAUUUUUACAUGGGGAAAGGGGCGUGUGACCUUACUUGGGGAUUCCGUCCAUGCUAUGCAACCAAAUCUGGGCCAAGGUGGCUGCAUGGCUAUUGAGGAUGGUUAUCAACUAGCAUUAGAACUUGAGAGAGCUUGGAAAGAAAGCGCAGACUCUGGAAAACCUAUUGACAUCACUUCCUCUAUAAAACGAUAUGAGAAAGAAAGACGAGUGCGUGUUGCUGUCAUAUAUGGUUUGGCUCGUAUGGCUGCGAUAAUGGCUUCUACUUAUAAGCCAUAUCUGGGUGUUGGUCUUGGGCCCUUGUCGUUUUUAACUAAGUUUCGAAUACCACAUCCUGGAAGGGUUGGUGGCAGAUUUGUAUUCAAGCUUGUUAUGCCAUUGAUGCUCAACUGGGUGUUAGGUGGAAACAGCUCAAAACUUGAAGGCCGGUCACUAAGCUGCAGAAUUUCAGACAAAGCAAGUGAUGAGUUAAAAAGGUGGUUUCAAGAUGAUGAUGCACUAGAGCGCGCACUCAGUGGAGAGUAUGAUGUGUUCUUAUGGUUUCUUUUGCCAGCAAACAAUGAAGGAAAGGAUGUAAUGGAACCUAUUCAUCUGUCCAAAGAUGAACAUAAGCCCUGCAUUAUUGGGAACAAUUCACAUGCAAGUUCUCAUAAUAUUUCAGUCUCUAUAUCUUUGCCACAGGUCUCUAAAGUGCAUGCUCAUAUCACUUGCAAAGACAGUGCCUUCUUCCUAACAGAUUUGCACAGUCAAUACGGAACAUGGAUCACUGAUAUUGAGGAGAAGCGCUAUCGAGUCCCUCCCAAUUUGCCUAUCAGAAUCCGUCCAUGUGAUCGUGUUGAAUUUGGCUCUGAUAAGAAGGCCGUUUUUCAAGUCAAAGUGAAGACGUUUCAAUUGGAAACAACUUCAACAUAUGGUGAGCAAGUGCUGAAUCCUGUUUAGAUGAUUUGAGAAUUGGGGUCACCAAUCAUGUUUGAAUGAGGCCGUUGGCUGCAAGAAGGAAUGAAUGGUCAGGUAAAGAGCCUUUGAUUUUGGUAGGCUGUGUAAUUGAUAUUGGUUCAUUGCAACCCAAUAUCUUUGCCUAAACACAACUGCCGCUAUUUCGAGGCUGGAGAAGAGGGAGAAGUAUAUAGCAUUACAAAAUUGUAAUUAAACCAUUGUUUAUAAGUAAAUGUUUCAUGAUAGGUAAUUUUGGAUUACGGUGAAUUGAAUGGGCAAAAAGCAUUUAUCAGUUUAGCUGCCAUCUUGAAUGCAUAUGGUGGGUAGUUACAGGAGAGGAUUGAUUUCAUAAGAAGACUAGGAUUAUAUCGCCUCAAGAUAAAAAAAAUAUUAAUCAAUUUUGUGAGAAAAUAGUGACUUGCAUAAUCAUGUUUGUCAUCCUUUUAUGGGUGUGGUUUGUAUAGGCUAAGGCUCUAAAACAAUCUAAGUAAGAUUUUAUAUGGAUCCAAUGUACUCUUUAUCUUCAAA